ACCUGGGCCUUUUUCCUCACCUGCUCCCAGACAAGUAACCUGACUGACGCCUCCUCUCACUCCACAGUUUGUCUUACACUUGUGUUCUGUAACCUUUAAAUAUUGAACCAUUGUACUUACUGCCGUUUAUUGGCAGUAAGUACUUCUUUGUUGAUGAUGUGGAGACUCUUGCUUAAGGACAUUUGUCAAUGGAUUAUAAAAGUAUUACAUUUGACAGAGGUGCUGCAGGUAGAGUAGGCAGGUGUUUGGGCUGCCAGUUGAUGAGCCUCCAGGAAGAAGCAGAGGUCUGAAAGGAUUCUAUGAGACAUUUUGUUUAAUGGGAUGCCUGCUGAUGAAGACGACUUACCCAUCCAGAGGUGAAAAAGAAGAAGAAGAAGAGGAGGAGAAAACAAAAAAGAUGUCAAGCUAAUAAGUGCUCUUGUUGUAAAGUGAAAAGCCGCUGCCUUCCACCUUGACGAGGUCAUCCAUGAUACCGAAUCACCUGGCACAUACAGUAGGAAAUUACUCAUGAGUAGAAGCAGGUUAGAACCUGCUGGGCAACGAAGGAAGUCGAGUUUUCCUCACAGCAGGUGGUCGAGGUGGUUGUGGCUGCCUGUUGUUGAGCCUGGAGUGUUUGGCAGCUUGUGGUGGUUUCUGUGUGUGGUUUCACGUUCAUCCAGAGAGAGUCCAGUUUGGUCCAGUAUGGCCUGUACAUAGCUUUGGUCCAUGUUUGCAGGGCUCCUACGUUUCACUGCUCCCUCCACUUUGACAUGCAGUAAAACAUUAAGGUGAACCGACCUUUGUUAUGAUCAACUGCCCCAAGAUGAAGAAUCGGAAAAUGUUCGUAUUUUGUGUCGCUCUCGUCUUCACCACAGGACGAGGCACAGAUGAGCAGCAUUUUUUGACAAAGACCAUUAAUGUUGGAGAAGAUGCGACUCUAACGUGUAGUCGUCCGUCUUCAGAAUUAGGACUCUUGUUUUGGGUCAAACUUGCUCCAGGACAUUUACCUGAAGUUGUAGCAGCCUCUUACACAUUUGAUACUGGUUUUAUUAAUGCGACUCCUCGGGUCUCAGCCAGAAAAGAGCCUGGAGCAUUUGUUCUACAUAUCAAAAAAAUGGAGCUGAGUGACACCGCAUUUUACUACUGUGAGAAAUUUGAUGAAUUGAAAAAAAUCAUUUUAAAUUCAACUUUCCUGAGAGUCAAAGGACCAGAACCAAAUGUCACUGCCAUCAUUGAACACGUUUCAUCUAAUCCAGUCCGUCCAGGAGACUCAGUGACUCUCCAGUGUUCCGUCCUCUCUGACCCUGAUGACAGGACGUGUUCAGAAGGUCCCAGCGUUUACUGGUUCAGAGCUGGAACUAAUAAGUCUCAUCCUGUUUUAGUUUAUGCCACUGAAAACAGCAAAGGUGAAUGUGAGCCGAGUUCUGAGACUCAGUCUUCACAGAAAUGUGUCUUCAGCUUCUCCAGACACAACGUCAGCUCCUCUGAUGCAGGAACUUAUCACUGUGCUGUGGCCACAUGUGGACGCAUUGUGUUUGGAAAUGGAGUAAAUCUGGACAUUGAUGUAAACACAUACUCACUGAGUGAAUGGCUCAUUACAGUGUUUGCUCUGUUGGCCGUCAGUGUGUCAGUGACAACCGUCCUCAUCUGCAUCAGGAAGCGUGAUACUUAUCGUGCUGUAGGAUCCAGUGACCUGUGCUCUCAGCAGGACGUCGAGGACGCGUCGAUUUAUUCCGCUGUUACUUUUACUGUUACGACCAAGUGGUGGAAUAAGAAGCAGCGGAAGCGAUGAGGCUGCACGAUGCUGUCUGACCUGCUGCCUGUUCACUCUGUUUCUACUGUCUGAGCAAAUGCACAGCUGUCAUGGAUUAUUAGGAAACCGUCAGUAAAUCUUAUAAGUACAUUUUAAAACAUGACUCACUGAGCUUUGUUUUUUCCCACAGCUCUAUUUAAAGGUGGUUUGCAUCGCCAUAUAAAUAACAGCAAACAAAGCCACACGCAGCAGCCACAGAGGUGGAUGCUGACUGUGGUCGGACUUUUUCCACACUCAGUCAACCAUGACCGAAAUACUUUGGCCUCAUCUACAGACGUCAGCGCACAGGAAGUCACAGGUGUUACUUCUAUAACAGGCACGAGCCUGAAGCAGCCACCGUCACUCACCCCGACUCCAUGAAUGUUUUAGAUUCUAGUUUGUUCAUGGUUUGGAUCCAUUUCUGUUCUGCCUGUGUUUCUACAUUGACUCAAGGAGAUAAUAACCUGAACAUUUGCUGUUAUAACCAUGUUUAUCAUGUAAUAAAGCAUUUAUAGAUCUCACCGGCUGAUAUAAAAACUGAAUUGAAGUUGUAGACUUAUUUAUGACCAGUUUAUUAAAGCAUCAGAUCUCAAUGUUUGUUUCUGUUCACGUCCUGUUUUCACGUCAAGGGGGCAGCGGUGAACAGAAAGAGACAUGUGGCUUCAUGUUCUGAGUAAUGUCUCACAUUAACGGAGGAGUCACAGUUAAGAGGAACAGUCGUUAUCAGAGUUAAUGCUAAGAAUACAACCUAACAUAAAAACCACAUCAGGCCUUAGACUAUAGGGUCUGUUAGGGUUUUAGAGACACUGUACAUGUCACCUUCCUGUUUAAUGUAAUCAUCUAAAAUACAAACUGUUACUACAUCUGGUGUUGAUACCAACAGUGAAUCUCAUUAAAACGGUGUUGAACAACUGAGGGCAAACAGCAGGUUGAAUUAUUCACUAUAACUGCACAGAGGUGUGUGUGUGUGUGUCUGUCUGUCUGUCUGUUAAAACCAGAAGUGUUCAUGCUGACAUACACGCGGAAUAGAAAGAUGUGGUUUUUAUCACUUCUACUUUAGCUUUUUUUCCAGUACUUAAAAGUCAAGAUGAGGCCAAUCGCACUGUCUGGACUUUGCUCCUCCCUCGUCGCCCUCCUCCUGUUUUAUAACAUUAUAUCACCAUUAACUAUCUGAGAUCUGAACUACCUUCUGCACUGGAUUAACCUGAAAAUGAUGAGACUUCUUGUAUUUUUGAUGUUUACAUUUGGACGAGGCACAGAUGAGCAGCAUUUUUUGACAAAGACCAUUAAUGUUGGAGAAGAUGCGACUCUAACGUGUAGUCGUCCGUCUUCAGAAUCAGGACUCUUGUUUUGGGUCAAACUUGCUCCAGGACAUUUACCUGAAGUUGUAGCAGCCUCUUACACAUUUGAUACUGGUUUUAUUAAUGCGACUCCUCGGGUCUCAGCCAGAAAAGAGCCUGGAACAUUUGUUCUACAUAUCAAAAAAAUGGAGCUGAGUGACACCGCAUUUUACUACUGUGAGAAAUUUGAUCAAUUGAAAAAAAUCAUUUUAAAUUCAACUUUCCUGAGAGUCAAAGGACCAGAACCAAAUGUCACUGCCAUCAUUGAACACGUUUCAUCUAAUCCAGUCCGUCCAGGAGACUCAGUGACUCUCCAGUGUUCCGUCUUCUCUGACCCUGAUGACAGGACGUGUUCAGAAGGUCCC